UAACAAAUCUCUAUUUUGAUUAUAUUAUUAUAGUAUCUAGAUUCUAGAGUUUUCUAAAUUUGUUUCAACCUUUAUAAAAAUUAGUAAAGGUUGGAUAUGAGGCGGGUUUACUAAAAAUCCAUAACCAACCCAUCACCCGUAGGCCAUAGCGGGUACACUUUUCAUAUCCAUCCCCACUACAUCACCCAUCAAACCUUCCAUUUGACCCGACCUACUGCAAUCCCCGGUGAGCUCCACGUUAAAAAAAAAAAAAAAAAAAAACCAAACAGAUCUGAUGGGCUAACUAUAAAACAGCAGAGGCUAACCCUGGUGGCCCGUUCAAACUAAAGAAAUUAGAAACCAAAGGAACAAUCACUCGCUUCGUUAGGGUUUUCUCUCUUCAAUUCUUUAAUUUUCUCUCUCUCCUUGUUUGGGUGACCCAGAAACGUUUACGAAAACGAUGUACGGCUCAGGCUACGGUUCGGGUUAUGGCUCUGGCUACGCUUCUAGAGGACUUUAGGUGUUACUCCUAGGAAAUUCUGGGUUGGGUUUGGUUAUAUUAACAGGUUAAGUGGGGGAUUUUUUUUCUUUGUUGGGUAUGAAAAGGGCAAUGUUGGGAAGCGGGGGGGUUUCGGACGGGUACGAGGUCGGCUCAAAGAGACAAAGAAUGAUGGAAUCAAAUCCCUACUUCGCAGUGGGAAGCGCUCAAGCAGGAUACCCGCCUUACAACUAUGGAAGCAACUUUCAGCCUUCUGGAUUUCCGGUGGUGCGCCUCAGAGGUCUUCCUUACAACUGCACUGAUAUUGACAUUCUUAAGUUCUUUGCUGCCCUGGACAUUGUUGAUGUCUUGUUGGUCAACAAGAAUGGGAGAUUCACAGGGGAGGCGUUUGUGGUGCUUGCCUCAGCAGUUCAGGCUGACCUUGCCCUGAACAGAGAUCGACAGAACAUGGGUCGUAGAUAUGUGGAAGUUUUCAGGUGUAAGAAGCAGGACUAUUACAAUGCUGUCGCUGGAGAAGUUAAGUAUGAAGGAAUCUACGACAAUGACCGCCCAAACUCUCCUCCAGGUCGAUCCAGGAGGUCUGUGGACAAGGACCAAUUGGAGUACACUGAGAUCCUUAGGAUGCGCGGUCUUCCUUUCUCUGUAACCAAGGCAGACAUACUGAAAUUCUUUGGGGAUUUUAAGGUGGCAGAGGAUAAAAUCCACAUAGCAAGCCGAGCAGAUGGAAAGGCUACUGGAGAGGCAUAUGUUGAAUUUUCAUCCUCUGAUGAGGCCAAGAGUGCCAUGUGCAAGGAUAAGAUGACAAUUGGUUCACGAUAUGUAGAGCUUUUUCCCGCAACACCCGAAGAAGCAAGGCGAGCUGAAUCAAGAUCAAGGCAAUGAGGAGUAUACUGUAGUUAAGAAUUUCUGUUGCUUUUUCAGUUGCUAGAUUGAGUUUACUGUUUUGGUUUUAUUGUCACUUAUAGAAUUGUACUUUGCCGGUUUUUUAGUAUAGACCUUAAAAUUGUCACUUACUCUAGGUUUUCUGCAUCAUAAUACAAGGGUUUAAAACUAAUGGAUUUGUGCUUGCUGUUUUUGAUCUCGUGUUGAAUUUCUGUGGCGGCAUCUAUCCUUGGAAAUUUAUUUUGUAAGCAUUUCACUACCAGCUGCAAAUAUACUUGUACUUUCUGUACA